AUGUCACCCAUCUACAUCUCUCGUUUGUUCCUCUUUAUUUCUAUCUCCGCGGUCUGGGAGGCGCGAGCCAAAUCUCUUUCAGAUCAAGGAGCACUUGGUAAGCUCACGCCAUAUGGGAUGCUGCACAAUGAGGGAGGAUGGGAGUGGUUGCAUUUUAUAUGGCUUUUGUUGACAAAUAUUACUGAAAUUGCAACCGUUGGUUUGAAAUGAUUCUUGCUAAUGACACGAGUCACCGUUUUUCUGAAAUUGUAUUGUUUAUCAAUGUGUAUUUAGCAUCAAUUGGAUCUUCGGAGCAUCCCAACCAAAUGAAAUACCUAGUGAUGCCAUGAAGCUUAUGUGUUUAUAACAAUUGGUAAAAUAAUCUUUACCUUAUCAGCUUUUUGAAGAUAUGUAAAAUCAGUAAAAUCAAUCACAGAACUCAAUAUAGGGCUAUCAAAUUGUUACAACCCAAUUCUCCCUGUCAGGCUAUUUGAAGGGCUCAUCAUGACAAUGGUAAAUGUGCCGCUGUAAAAUAUAUAGCCAGCCUAGUCGAGGAAAAUAAAUCAUAGGCCUAGGUGUUCACAUAUUUAUCUUGUUAGGUCCUAAAUAGAUGUCCCUUUAGCAGCUAUGCUAGCCAGGGGUCAAUAUAGUAAUUAAUUUAACAGUAACAAUGUAUCCCGGCCAUUCGUGCAUUCAUAAACAGCUCAUGUAGGCCUUGGCAUAUACAUAUAUAUAUAUACAGGCCUAUAUAGUAUGUAAAGCAUAGUCCCACUCCCCCCCAAAAAUCUGCUGUAUCUAUUCUAUUCAGGCCCUUCAUAUUCUUUAUUUGGCUCUGAAAUAUAUUCAUUGUAUAAAUACACCCCCAGCAAUUAUUUAUUGGAGCCUGUGUCCUCAAACAAACCAAAUACAUUUGUUGAAACAGUAGGGCUCUGUAAUGAUGCAUGCAUGCCAGAAGGGGAAACAUAUGCAUGGGAAUGCAUGCAUGUAGCCUACUAUUGGACAGAAUUGCUAGAGCUAUCAGAAAGUGGGAAUUAAGAAUGGCAACAUAUGUCUAUUUAACAGUCAGCCUAGGUCUCAUACUGUAGGACUACACCCAUUCCAGUUGCAUUUUUAUUUGCCAUUUUGAAACACAUCUAGUGGAGACUCCUGUAUCCACGGAAACCUCCACAGCAUGACCCAUAUUUAUGGCAUUCAAGAAACAAGAUGUGAAACAAAAUGUUCUGAGAGAAAAUGAUCAGUAGAGAACAUGACAGAGCAAAAACAGAUAUGUGAUAUCUUGGGUGUGAAGCUACACAGCACUCACAGAGUUGGAUAGGUUUGGAACGGAUGUAUUGAUCCAUUCUAUCUGUUGGCCGUGUUUCUUGUAUUGGUAUAUGCAAUUGAAGACCAAAUGCUGGACUUUGACAACAACAAUAACACCAGCAGCACACACGUUUACUUCUGCAAGUUAGCAAUCGCGAGUUUGGGACUAUUAAGGUUUGUCAAAAUGUUGUUAUUGACAUAGAUAGAGGACAUUGCACAGAACUAGGCUAUCAGAGCAGGCUGGUGGGAGGAGCUAAAGGAGAACGGGCUCAUUGUAAUGGCUGGAAUGGAAUUAAUGGAAUGGUAACAAACACAUCAAACUUAUGGAAACCACAUGUUUGACUCUGUUCCAUUAAUUCCAUUCCAGCCAUUACAAUGAGCCCGUCCUCCUAUAGCUCCUCCCACCAGCUUCCACUGCUACCUAUACAUUACUCUAAAUACCCCAAUUCAUGUUGUUAAGUUAAAAAAAAAACCAUAUAAAAAUUUCUGACACCAUUCAAACCUUUAAGCCAAUUAUCUCAGAAUCAUCUUUUUGCAGAUUCAACCUUAUAGUCCCAAGCUCUCGCAAUGUCAAUAGGAUGUGCAAUAGAGCUGAAUUAUGACUGCACCAUUGUGCGUGUUUGAGAUCGAUUGCAGUCAGACUGCGCAGAAUCACUGAUCUAAAAAUCACCCUCCAUGCCAAAUAACUACUAAUUAUGUGAUCAAGAUGAUCAAUUUCUGCCCCUCGCCUCACUCACACUGAUCCCCUCAAGCACUGAUUGUUUUCAUUCCUUUGCAGAGGUCCAGAUCAGAGUUCAGGUGUUCGACAACAGUGACCUAUCACCUUUGGCCGACGCCGCCAUAGAGGUUCAUGGGAACCGGUCUGUUUUAGCGUCCAGCCAGGCGGGCAGUGAUGGCGUGCUUAGGGUGACCUUCCUGUACCACCCGGGGACCUGGGUCAUCAUCUCAGCGUCCAAACACGACUAUGUCACCAACUCCGUCCCCUGGCACGCUAGCCGCAUCCCUCGUAAGUGAAAAUGCCUUAGUCAUAGCAGUGUUCAUUUCGUCAACAAUAACUGACGAAAAAUACUCGUCAACUACCUAUUUUUCCUAACUAAAACUAUGACGAUAACGAGACGAGAUGGCCUGGAAAAAAAUGAUAGCUAUUACAAAUUACUUUUCAUUUUAGUUGACGAAAAUGUGGCGAGACGAGAAUUCCAAAACAUGCAUCCUGUUUGCAAUAAGGCAUUCAAGUAAAACUGCAGAAAAUGUGGCAAAGAAAUGAACUUUAUGUCCUGAAUACAGAGCAUAAUGUUUGGGGCAAAUCCAACACAACACAUCACUGAGCACUACUCUUCAUAUCUUCAAGCAUGGUGGUGGCUGCAUCAUAUUAUGGAUAUGCUUGUCAUCGGCAAGGACUAGGGAGUUUUCUAGGAUAAAAAUAAACGGAAUAGAGCUAAGCACAGGCAAUAUUCUAGAAGAAAUCCUGAUUCAGUCUGCUUUCCAACAGACACUGGGAAACAAAUUCAUGUUUCAGCAGGACAAUAACCUAAAACACAAGGCCAAAUAUACACUGGAGUUGCUUACCAAGAUGACAUUGAAUGUUCCUGAGUGACUUAGUUACAGUUUUGACGUAAAUCGGCUUGAAAAUCUAUGGUAUGACUGGAAAAUGGCAGUCUAGCAAUGAUCAACAACCAACUUCACAGAGCUUGAAGAAUAAAAAUAAUAAUAAUGUGUCGAAUAUUGUACUGUCCAUAGCUCAUAGGUGUGCAAAGCUCUUAGAGACUUACCCAGAAAGACUCACAGCUGUAAUCGCUGCCAAAGGUGAUUCUAACAUGUAUUGACUCAGGGGUGUGAAUACUUAUGUAAAUGAGAUACUUAUGUAUUUAAUUUGCAAUACAUUUGCAAAAAUGUCUAAACAUGUUUUCACUUUGUCAUUAUGGGGUAUUGUGUGUAGAUGGGUGAGAUAUACAGUGGGGAGAACAAGUAUUUGAUACACUGCCGAUUUUACAGGUUUUCCUACUUACAAAGCAUGUAGAGGUCUGUCAUUUUUAUCAUAGGUACACUUCAACUUGGAGAGACAGAAUCUAAAACAAAAAUCCAGAAAAUCACAUUGUAUGAUUUUUAAGUAAUUAAUUAGAAUUGUAUUGCAUGACAUAAGUAUUUGAUCACCUACCAACCAGUAAGAAUUCCGGCUCUCACAGACCUGUUAGUUUUUCUUUAAGAAGCCCUCCUGUUCUCCACUCAUUACCUGUAUUAACUGCACCUGUUUGAACUCGUUACCUGUAUAAAAGACACCCGUCCACACACUCAAUCAAACAGACUCCAACCUCUCCACAAUGGCCAAGACCAGAGAGCUGUAGACCUGCACAAGGCUGGGAUGGGCUACAGGACAAUAGGCAAGCAGCUUGGUGAGAAGGCAACAACUGUUGGCGCAAUUAUUAGAAAAUGGAAGAAGUUCAAGAUGACGGUCAAUCACCCUCGGUCUGGGGCUCCAUGCAAGAUCUCACCUCGUGGGGCAUCAAUGAUCAUGAGGAAGGUGAGGGAUCAGCCCAGAACCCUCACGGCAGGACCUGGUCAAUGACCUGAAGAGAGCUGGGACCACAGUCUCAAUGAAAACCAUUAGUAACACACUACGCCGUCAUGGAUUAAAAUCCUGCAGCGCACGCAAGGUCCCCCUGCUCAAGCCAGCGCAUGUCCAGGCCCGUCUGAAGUUUGCCAAUGACCAUCUGGAUGAUCCAGAGGAGGAAUGGGAGAAGGUCAUGUGGUCUGAUGAGACAAAAAUAGAGCUUUUUGGUCUAAACUCCACUCGCCGUGUUUGGAGGAAGAAGAAGGAUGAGUACAACCCCAAGAACACCAUCCCAACCGUGAAGCAUGGAGGUGGAAACAUCAUUCUUUAGGGAUGCUUUUCUGCAAAGGGGACAGGACGACUGCACCGUAUUGAGGGGAGGAUGGAUGGGGCCAUGUAUCGCGAGAUCUUGGCCAACAACCUCCUUCCCUCAGUAAGAGCAUUGAAGAUGGGUCGUGGCUGGGUCUUCCAGCAUGACAACGAGCCGAAACACACAGCCAGGGCAACUAAGGAGUGGCUCCGUAAGAAGCAUCUCAAGGUCCUGGAGUGGCCUAGCCAGUCUCCAGACCUGAACCCAAUAGAAAAUCAUUGGAGGGAGCUGAAAGUCCGUAUUGCCCAGCAACAGCCCCGAAACCUGAAGGAUCUGGAGAAGGUCUGUAUGGAGGAGUGGGCCAAAAUCCCUGCUGCAGUGUGUGCAAACCUGGUCAAGACCUACAGGAAACGUAUGAUCUCUGUAAUUGCAAACAAAGGUUUCUGUACCAAAUAUUAAGUUCUGCUUUUCUGAUGUAUCAAAUACUUAUGUCAUGCAAUAAAAUGCAAAUUCAUUACUUACAAAUCAUACAAUGUGAUUUUCUGGAUUUUUGUUUUAGAUUCCGUCUCUCGCAGUUGAAGUGUACCUAUGAUAAAAAUUACAAACCUCUACAUGCUUUGUAAGUAGGAAAACCUGCAAAAUCGGCAGUGUAUCAAAUACUUGUUCUCCCCACUGUAUAUAUAUAUAUAUAUAUUUUAAUCCAUUUUGAAUUCAGGGUGUAACACAACAAAAUGUGGAAUACGUCAAGGGGUAUGAAUACUUUCUGAAGGCACUGUAAUUGGUUUGUAUGUGUGGGGCUUUAGCUGAGAUUGUUCUUUACAGUCAAGUAUAUUUGCCAGGCCUCAAUUGUUUCGCUGUUGAUAAUUAUAAUGUUAUAACUUCUAAUAGUAACUGUAUCCACUGAUUAAAUGGGAGAGGGUGUUUUUAAAAUAGUCAACAUAAAAAAUAAAAUAAAAAAUAGGCUGGUCUGCCACAUCCAGACCCACGCAGAAGUGAUCCUAUCCUUUGUUUCUCUGUCUCUCAAAAUAGGCUGAAUUCCAAAUUGGUGCCCCUAACCCCUUCUACCUAGGCACUCCUAUAGAACUGAAAUCAUAGGGUAGAUGUAAGAAAUUGGCUAGCUAGACUCAGUCGCUCAUUAACAUUGGUGUUUUUCUCUCUUGCAGUGUAUGCAUCGGUCAGCCUGUACCUCCUAGUCCAGAGGCCAGGCACCCUCAUUCUCUACGAUGAUGUCAUCCAGGUGCUGCAUGGAUCCCCAGGUAGGCUACAAUAAUGAGCUAAGUGGUAUUGCCUAGUUGUUCUUUUCCCCUAGAGCAACAUCCAGACAAACUAGGAUCUAAAUGACCAAUUGAAAUUAAUAGAAGCCAAACUCUCUAAGGUGGGGGGACCCUUCCUGCCUAUAUAUUUUACAUUUACAUUUUAUUUAUUUUGCAGAUGCUCUUAUUCAGAGCGACUUACAGGAGCAAUUAGGGUUAAGUGCCUUGCUCAAGGGCACAUUGACAGAUUAUUCACCAUGUCGGUUCAGGGAUUCGAACCAGCAACCUUUUGGUUACUGUCCCAAUGCUCUUAACUGCUAAUGGUAUGGGAAACACUGCUUCUUUGUUCUGCUCUCUGAUUUACCUUUUCCUCCAAAAGGGGCAGUCUUUACUCAGGCUAUUACAGAAAUUGUGUAAGGAUUGUGGUGUUUCAGGUUUUAUGCACUAUUUGAAAUCUGUUCAGAGUUCUUUAAUUACUCUGAGGCCAAUAACAAACAUUUAUUGUCCAGAAUUCACCUCCUUCCAAGAGGGGAGUGAAGGUGCAAUUUUCACCUGACUCCUCUCUGUUCUUGCACUCAACGGCCUUCAGAGGUUCUCAUGUGACACUAUUUCCUUCUGCUGUCUCCAUAGCAACAACUGCAGUGGAGUACUUGGCUGCAGUUUUGUACAAGUCCAUUUCCCAAAUUCAUGACUGCAUGUCUCAUGUCUCAUGUCUCAAACAUACAGUACAAUUGCCUUAAAGGGGCAAUCUGCCGUAGCUGCAACAACAAAGUGGACACCCCGCCACUGUUUUUGGUAAACAGCUUAGUUUUGGGGCUAGAGAAAUGUCACCUCUCAAAUAUAUAAACCGAGCUCUGGAUGCAAGGACUGACCAUCCAUGACAUCAAAAUCAUAGUUUUAACCAUGUUUUGAGGCUAUAUAGUUUUUGAUUUGAGUAGCAUGUUUACAAACAAUGAAAUAAAACAAACUUAUAUUUUGGGUUCUGAUGGGGUACGACAGUUGAACUAAGCCCAUGAGGUAUUUAUAAGUUGCAUUCUUUAAGAAUCAAUGGGUAUAUAUACAGUAUAUAUCAUUAAUGUAAAAGUACAAAAAUUGCAGAUUGCCCCUUUAAGUGUUGAUAGUGAUGUAGUAUUUUACCCUACAUACUGUAGCUUUUAUGUCAAAAUAGUCACUGCCAGGCGAGUGCUGUUAUGGUUGUACCAGAUUUUGGGUCGUUUUUCAUUAGGCACCAGACAAGAAAAGGGACUGAAACGAGGGACCACCAGGAUUUGUCCAAUAAGAAAUACUCUUUAAAAAAAAUUAUGCUAAUGAACAUGACCCAUAUGUCUCACGAUUGGCUGGGUGGGCAUCUGUUACUUCCUUUAUAGGUGCACGGAACCAGCCAUUGGUCCAGCUCCAGAGAAAGUCCCUUCAGCUGCCAGCUGAUUCCAACUACACAGCACUGUCGGCUGUCCUGACUACUGCCAGAAGCCAGUAUGAGAUCGGGGGCUUCCCUUACCUCCUGGGCCUGGAAACCAACAGCACAGGUUGGCUUGGGAGAAAUAAAAUUUACAUUUUAGUUAUUUAACAGAUGAUCGUAUCCAGAGCGACGCACAAUAAGUGCCUUCUACUAAAGUAGGUAAGAUAACUACAUAUCACGACGAUCAUUACAAAAUCACGACUGGCCCAACCUCCUCCUGAAGAGCAACUGAGUAGGCAUGCAGGUUUUUGUUCCACCCCUGUUGUAACACAUCUGAUUCAGCUAUCAAGGUACAGAUGAGCAGCUACGUAGUGACGUUAGCUGUGCGCAGAUUAAAGUUAGAGCGAAAGCCUGCAGGAUAGUAGCUUGUUUGGUGGUACUUGUGGUAGUUGAUAUCAAGGGCAUAGUGUUAGGAAUGCUUGUUGUUAUAGGCUAUGGAUGGUCAACAUAUCAUAACAAUAACAUGUACACUACAGGGGCGGAGACAGGAUGGACAGACUUAACAGCACUGGCGGUGGUCAGCGUUCAGCUCUUUGACCGCGAUGGGACCGUCAUCCAGGUGUCCGAUCCGGUCCACGUCUCCGUACCGCUGCCCUCGGAUACUCGCACCAGGAUCGCCACCAGCAUUCCCGCCUGGCUGUACCAGCCCAAGACGGGUAUGUGAAAGCUACUGGGAUCAUAUGUUCCGAUUGAAAUUCUCAUAUUCAUCCAUCCUUCUGUGUAAUAUUUAUAGACUCUAACAUGAUAAAUAGGUAGGUAAGCUCCGCCAUUUCCUGGUUGCAAAAAUUGUAGUAGUUUGCCUAAUUUAAGUUGAUGUGACAAAACAACCAUGUAUAAUGUAGAGAAUCAUUGUACCAGCUAAACCGCUGUGAAAUAUAUUUUCCAUAACCAAAAAUAUUGUACAGUAUUUUUAGCUGUUUGAAGCUAGUGUACAAAACUGAAAGUAAAAGACACAAAAAACUAACUUAAGAACGGGAAGCAUAGAAAUAGCGCACAUAGAACAGAUCUACCGCUUCUUAGACUUGCUGUCAAUGAGAAUGGUAUUUUGGAUUUGGUAUUUUAUUAGGAUCCCCAUUAGCUGUUGCAAAAGCAGCAGCUACUCUUCCUGGGGUCCACACAAAACAUGAAACAUGACAUAAUACAGAACAUUAAUAGACAAGAACAGCUCAAGGACAGAACUACAUAAAAACAUUUUAAAGGCACACGUAGCCUACAUAUCAAUACAUACACACAAACUAUCUAGGUAAAAUAGGGGAGAGGCGUUGUGCCGUGAGGUGUUGCUUUAUCUGUUUUUUGAAACCAGGUUUGCUGUUUAUUUGAGCAAUAUGAGAUGGAACGGAGUUCCAUGCAAUAAUGGCUCUGUAUAAUAUUGUACGCUUUCUUGAAUUUGUUCUGGAUUUGGGGACUGUGAAGACCCCUAAUGACAUGUCUGGUGGGGUAAGUGUGUGUGUCAGAGCUGUGUGUAAGUUGACUAUGCAAACAAUUUGAGAUUUUCAAUACAUUAAUGUUUCUUAUAAAAAGAAGAAGUGAUGCAGUCUCUCCUCAACUCUUAGCCAAGAGAGACUGGCAUGCAUAGUAUUUAUAUCAGCCCUCUGAUUACAAUGAAGAGCAAGACGUGCCGCUCUGUUUUGGGCCAGCUGCAGUUUAACUAGGUAUUUCCUUGCAGCACUGGACCACACGACUGGACAAUAAUCAAGAUUAGACAAAACUAGAGCCUGCAGAACUUGCUUUUUGGAGUGUGGUGUCAAAAAAGCAGAGCAUCUCUUUAUUACGGACAGACCUCUCCCCAUCUUUACAACCAUUGAAUCUAUAUGUUUUGAUCAUGAUAGUUUACAAUCUAAGGUAACGCCAAGUAAUUUAGUCUCCUCAACUUGUUCAACAGCCACACCAUUCAUUACCAGAUUCAGCUGAUGUCUAGAACUUAGGGAAUGAUUUGUACCAAAUACAAUGCUCUUAGUUUUAAAGAUGUUCAGGACCAGUUUAUUAGUGGCCACCCAUUCCAGAACAGACUGCAACUCUUUGUUAAGGGCUUUGGUGAGUUCAUUAGCUGUGGUUGCUGAUGCGUAUAUGGUUGAAUCAUCAGCAUACAUGGACACACAUACUUUGUUUAAUGCCAGUGGCAGGUCAUUGGUAAAAAUUGAAAAGAGUAGAGGGCCUAGAGAGCUGCCCUGUGGUACACCACACUUUACAUGUUUGACAUUAGAGAAGCUUCCAUCAAAUAAAACUCUUUGAGUUCAAUUAGAUAGAUAGCUUUGAAUCCACGAUAUGGCAGAGGUUGAAAAGCCAUAACACAUAAAUGUUUUCAACAACAGGUUAUGGUCAAUAAUAUCAAAGGCUGCACUGAAAUCUUAACAGUACAGCUCCCACAAUCUUCUUAUUAUCAAUUUCAUUCAACCAAUCAUCAGUCAUUUGUGUCAGUGCAGUACAUGUUUAGUGCCCUUCCCUAUAAGCAUGUUGAAAGUCUGUUGUUAAUUUGUUUACAGAGAAAUAGCAUCAUAUUUGGUCAAACAUAAUUUUUUCCAACAGUUUGCUAAGAGCUGGCAGCAAGCUUAUAGGUCUACUGUUAGAACCAGUAAAGGCCGCUUAACCAUUCUUGGGUAGCGGAAUUACUUUGGCUUCUCUCCAGGCCUGAGGACAAAGACUUUCCUCUAGGCUCAGAUUAAAGAUAUGACAGAUAGGAGUGGCUAUAGAGUCCGCUACCAUCCUCAGUAGCUUUCUAUCUAAGUUGUCAAUGCUAGGAGGUUUGUCAUUAUUGAUUGAUAACAAUAAUUUUUCCACCUCUCCCACACUAACUAUACAAAAUUCUAACUUGCAAUGCUUUUAUUUCAUUAUUUGUUUUUUAUGCAUGAAUACGAUGGCUCACUGUUCAUUGUUGGCAUUUCCUGCCUAAGUUUGCGCACUUUGCCAAUUAAGUAAUCAUUGUGAUGAAUAAGCCAUCUGAUUCGAUGAAAGAUGGAGUUGAAUUUGUCUUUCAACCCAUACUUUCAUUUAAAGUACUCCAAAGUUGUUUUUCCAUCAUUCUUUAUAUCAUUGAUCUUGGCUUCAUAAUACAGUUUCUUCUUCUUUUUGUUGAGUUUAGUCACAUAAGUUCUCAAUUUGCAGUAAGUCAACCAGUCAGAUGUGCAGCCAGACUUAUUAGCCACUCCUUUUGCCCCAUCUCUUUCUACCAUACAGUUUUUCAAUUCCUCAUCAAUCCAUGGAGCCUAAACAGUUCUAACAGUCAGUUUCCUAAUAGGUGCAUGUUUAUCAAUAAUUGGAAGAAGCAAUUUCAUAAAUUCAUCAAGUGCAGCAUCUGGAUGCUCCUUAUUAAUCACAUCAGACCAACAAAUAUUUUUUAUAUCAUCCACAUAUGAGUCACAGCAAAAUCUUUUGUAUGAUCUCUUAUACACUAUUUUAGGCCCAGCUGUUGGAAAUUUGGCUUUCCUGGAUAUAGCCACUAUAUUGUGAUCACUGCAUCCAAUGGGUACGGAUACAGCUUUAGAACAAAGUUCUACAGUAUUAGUAAAAAUGUGAUCGAUACAUGUGGAUGGUCUUGUUCCUGUAGUGUUUGUAAAUACCCUGGUAGGUUGAUUAAUAACCUGAACCAGAUUACAGGCACUGGUUACAGUAAGAAGCUUCCUCUUGAGCGGAGAGCUCUAGAUCUAGAUGGCCGGGCGGGGUGGGUGUGGAGCCAGAGACAGCAGAGGUUCAAACUGUAGAAUUCAGUUCCUACAUUUGAAUAUAAAAAUUGAUUUUAUCAAACACAACUAUGCUACAUUUUAUCUCUAGGACCCUUAGGAUGACAAUUCAGAGCAAGAUUACUGAAUAUAAGUACAUUAUUUACCUUCAGAGGUGAAUGUAUCAAACCAGUUGCCGUGAUAAGUUUUUUGUUGUUGUGCACUCUCCUCAAACAAUAGCAUGGUAUUAGUUCACUGUAAUAGCUACUGUAAAUUGGAUAGUGCAGUUAGAUUAACAAGAAUGUAAGCUUUCUGCCCAUAUAAGACAUGUCUAUGUCCUGGAAAGUUUGCUGUUACUUACAACAGUCAUGCUAAUCACAUUAGCGCAUGUUAGCUCAACCGUCCCGUAUACGGGACACCGAUCCCGUAGAGGUUAAAGAUCAAUAAAAUGUAAAAUCCCUGGAUUAUUUGCUUUUAGAGACCCAUUUCAGACUACCAAAAUGACAUAUGUUUGAAUGCUUUUAACUUGUUGCCUGCUAAAACAUCUAUAUGUUGGGUGUGUGGAUUUUGUUGCAGGUCUGUGGGUCAGGAAUGGGACUGGCUACAUUAAAAAAGAGGGCACACAACUAAUCUGGAACGUGGUCGUUCCUCAGUUGGGCUAUUGGGUCGCAGCCUUCCCUUCAUCUGCAGGUACUGUAACUGGCUAAUUGCCUUGUGCUACGUCUUGGACAUUUUGUUAGGAUCUUAAUUUAAGCCAGUUUGCUACAGCAGGAAAAUAAUCCUGCAGUAACAGGAAAUAUGAAUGAGUAUGUGGAUUAUAAUUAAUGGACAUUUUUGUUGUGGUUGAUACAUUUCUCAUUAGGGUAAAUCAAGUCUGAAAUGUCAAAGUCGAAAUGACACACUUUAGAAGCCAUUUUAACACUCAAAUACACUACACGUUUGCAUUUCCUGAUCAAAUUAAGAUCCUACAUCUUUAACACCAUCAUCUACAAACUAACCAUUUUCGUCAUGUAAUGGAAAAUGUAUGCACUCACUAACUGUAAAUCACUCUGGAUAAGAGCGUCUGCUAAAUGACUAAAAUGUAAAUGUAAUGUUAAUUGAACCCCGGUCGUCUUCUUUCCGCCACAGUGCUUUUGCACACUGCACCACAAUAUAUCACUCAGAUAUUUCUCUUUUAGCCCACAAAUAUACAGUACCAGUAACUAACCCUCUACUGCACAUGUUUUGUUUUUUCAUAGAAAAAAAAUAUUCCAUCCUAUUUUUUAGAAGAUUUCUAAUGUUUUUUUUUACUUUUACCCCCCACACCCAAACAUUUGUUUGUUGCCUCAGGGCAAAGCUGUACCAUAAGGGUACUAAAACUCCAAGGAAAAUCUGAUAUUUUCAGAAUAUUUAUUUUAAAUAAAAUAUAGUAGAAACAAGCACUCUUUUCAUAAGAACAUUUGUUCUAGACAUAUUUGUAUUGUGCAUUAAGCACAAUUGUCCCUGCCCUUUCCCCUUUCCCCUCGUCCCUCCCCACUGUCUCUCUGUCUCCAUAUGUCCCAUCCAAAUCUCUUUAUCUAUCUCUGUCUCCCCUCCUCUCUCGUCUGUGUCUCUCUCUUUGUCCUCUCCUGUCAAUGUCUCUCUGUCGUCUCCUGUCCCUGUCCACUCCUGUCCCUGUCUUUCUGUCUCCUGUCUGUAUGUCCUAGCUGUCUUUGUCCUCUCCUGUCUGUCUCUCGGUCCUCUCCUGUCUCUGUGUCUGUCUGUCUCUUUUAUUCUUGGUUUGGAAUAGUUAUUUCUUCUAGGAGUAAUUAUUGUAUACAACAUUUACAUUUACAUUUACGUCAUUUAGCAGACGCUCUUAUCCAGAUCGACUUACAAAUUGAGUUGGGCAUAAACUAGUAUUUCACUGCCUCUCAAACCUAUCCUCACUAUCAGAGGGUAUGAGCCUUACUGCUCGAUUAGGCUCCUUUCGCCCAUAGAAUGUCCAUGUGUCCAUUGCCUGUGAAUGUCAGUGCAAGUCAAGCAGUCUGAGUAUCUCCUCUCGUGGGAGCCCCAUCAUUGUGAGACUGCAACGGGCUCAGGUUGUUGCGAAUAUGCACAUUUAUAUAAAUCAACCGACUGCUCUGCCGGCGCAGUGUUUAUGUUGGAGAGCAACAAUCCGCUGAAUAGCAGCCAUGCUGUAUUAUUGUUGUUCCGCUGACCUCUGACAAUGGCUUGGCGUUUAUAGUGUUCCAGGUGUUUCCAAUUUGUACCGGAUAAGAUUCAGCUUUCGAUAAAACUAAGCUUGACAUAAUGUUAGAAGUUAUCCUAUACAUUACCCAAAUUAAACAUUUAUCAUCGUACGAUCAUGCCCAUUCACACAAAAUACUUAUAGUUUUAGAAUGAUUUAUUGUGAGGUAAGGCAGAAAAUAACCCUAACGAUGCACUUUGGCUGCUCUACGAGUGGUCUGGAUCACUCAUAGAUGUGAAAAGGUUUUUAAGAGCCACCUAACUAACCAAGGCUCUGGGAAACAGAUUGGCUACUAAAGGUACAGCGUAAGAUGGUUCUAACGAGGAUCUUCAGGCUAUGAAGGCUCUGAGAAAUGAGGCCCAGUACCAUGUCCCGUUGGGAAAUGUUUUCCUCCAAAAAUAUGACAUCCUAUGUAGCGCAUAAACACUUUUUGGACUUCGUUAAUCACUUGAAAUACUGUAGGUGUAAAAGUGAUAAUCUCCUACAUCAAUGCUCAGCCAUGCUAAACAACAUGUACAGUAUGUACCAUUCUUCCUGUAUAGUGGUGCACUUUCUCCGUUGAACGUCUUUGGUGGAAUGACACAGGUGUUAUGUCCUUUCUUCAAUCCGCCAAGAAGAUGAGCCAUGCUACAGUAUACUGAUCAGACCUGGGUUCAAAUACUAUUUAUUGUAUUUCAAUUACUUUCACAUACAUUUCGAAGUAAGUGUUUGGAUAUUUUCUCUUUGGAAGUACAAGUGGUUGAAUAUUGGAAUGUAUUUUGAAAUACACUUGAAAAGUAUUGGCAUGUAUUUGAGUGUAUUUUCAAGUACAAAUAUUUAAAGACUACAUGCAUUUGAACCCAGGUCGGUUUCGUCCUGGGGGUAUUUUAAAUAAUGUAUUUCGAAACGUAUUUUUAAAUAGUUUCAAAUAAUAGGCUAUACAUAUUUAAAAAUAGAAGUCGUUGAUUCUGCCACAUUAUUAGAAAAUACUAAAAUAUAUAGAAAAUAAGUAUUUAAAAUACAAAUACUUAAAAACGCAUGUAUUUGAACCCAGGUCUGAUGCUGACGACCCAGGCCUCAUGCUCAGUCCCCUGCUGUUUCAUUCCAGAAGGUUGCUCCCACUGUCUUCAUUCACACUCCUUCACAGAUGUCACAGGACUGGGAAAAAACAUAAAGGAACAUCCUGCAUGACCAGACUUCUUCACUGCACACAUUUCUAACCCCUACACAGAGACAAUAUGAUCUGAGUUCAAGGCAAUACUUCAUUUCAACAAGCCGCACUACAAGACACCAGACAUCUUUCUUGCCAAGAGCUCUCAAACGAAAUGCAAAUGAUCUCUCUAUCGCUAAAGACAUUCAUAUGCAUGUUUAUUGAUUUAGUGGUAUGCCAAUUUGUUGUUUAUGACUAAUGAUUUAUUGAUGAUGCACUGUCCAUGUAGUUAGGUUGAUCAUAUCUUUUACUUGUGUUUUAUAUUGUAUGACAUCACAUGGUAUGUAUGUUGCUGCAUAUGUACCAAGAUGUUCAAAUAAACAUAAACAAACAAACAACACAUGACAUAUCGAACUGCUUGGAAUGAAAUAUACAGUGCAUUCGGAAAGUAUUCAGACCCCUUCCCCUUUUCCACAUUUUGUUACGUUACAGCCUUAUUCUAAAAUGGAUUGGAUAAAAAAAUGUCCUCAUCAACCUACACAAAAUAAAAAACAGAAAUGCCUUAUUUACAUAAGUCUUCAGACCCUUCGCUAUGAGACUCGAAAUUGAGCUCAGGUGCAUCCUGUUUCCAUUGAUCAUCCAUGAAUUGUUUCUACAACUUGAUUGGAGUCCACCUGUGGUAAAUUCAAUUGAUUGGACAUGAUUUGGAAAGGCACACACCUGUCUAUAUAAGGUCCCACAAUUGACAGUGCAUGUCAGAGCAAAAAGCUAGCCAUGAGGUCAAAGGAAUUGUCCGUAGAGCUCAGAGACAGGAUUGUGUCGAGGCACAGAUCUGGGAAAGGGUACAAUUUUUUUUUCAUUAUUGAAGGACCCCAAGAACACAGUGGCCGCCAUCAUUCUUAAAUGAAAGAAGUUUGGAACCACCAAGACUCUUCCUAGAGCUGGCCGCCCGGCCAAACUGAGCAAUUGGGGGAGAAGGGCCUUGGUCAGGGAGGUGACCAAGAACCCGAUGGUCACUCUGAUAGAGCUCCAGAGUUCCUCUGUGGAGAUGGGAGAAUCUUCCAGAAGGACAACCAUCUCUGCAGCACUCCACCAAUCAGGCCUUUAUGGCAGAGUGGCCAGACAGAAGCCACUCCUCAUUAAAAUGCACGGCAGCCCGUUUGGAGUUUGCCAAAAGGCACUUAAAUGACUCUCAGACCAUGAGAAACAAGAUUCUCUGGUCUGAUGAAACCAAGAUUGAACUCUUUGGCCUGAAUGCCAAGCAUCACGUCUGGAGGAAACCUGACACCAUCCCUACGGUGAAGCAUGGUGGUGGCAGCAUUAUGUUGUGGGGAUGUUUUUCAGCGGCAGGGACUGGGAGACUAGUCAGGAUCGAGGGAAAGAUGAACGGAGCAAAGUACUGAUGAAAACCUGUUCCAGAGCGCUCAGGACCUCAGACUGGGGCGAAGGUUCACCGUCCAACAGGACAACGAUCCUAAGCACACAGCCAAGACAAUGCAGGAGUGGCUUCGGGACAAGUCUCUGAAUGUCCUUGAGUGGCCCUGCCAGAGCCCGGACUUGAAUCCGAUCGAACAUCUCUGGAGAGACCUGAAAAUAGCUGCGCAGCGAAGCUCCCCAUCCAACCUGACAAAGCUUGAGAGGAUCUGCAGAGAAGAAUGGGAGAAACUCCCCAAAUACAGGUGUGUCAAGCUUGUAGCGUCAUACCCAAGAAGACUCGAGGCUGUAAUUGCUGCUAAAGGUGCUUCAACAAAGUACUGAGUAAAAGGUCUGAAUACUUAUGUAAAUGUAAGAUUUCCGUUUCAAAUUUUUAAUAAAUGUUUAAACAUUUAUAAAAACCUGUUUUUGUUUUGUCAUUAUGGGGUAUUGUGUGUAGAUUGAUGAGGAAAAAUAAAAAUUUAAUCAAUUUUAGAAUAAGGCUGUAACGUAACAAAAUGUAGAAAAAGUCAAGGGGUCUGAAUACUUUCCGAAUGCACUGUAAUCCCUUUAGUUGUAAGUAGGCUUCUGCUUCAAGUAUGGUUCAAAUACAUUAUCUAAAAUACUAUAGUAUUACUGGUGUGCUUGAUUUAGCUCGGAAUUGGCACUUUUGGGACUACUCCACUGUUUCCAUUGUACCAGGCAAACUAAAUCAAGCGCCGUUCCAGUAUUUUAAAGUAUUUGACCCAGGUCUGCUCCGCUUUGUCUUCCACGCAGGCGUGGUCCUGGGUUUCAGGCACCCUUGAUUUAGCAUGGAGUUUGCACUUUUGGGACUACUCUAUUGGUUCAAUUGUAUCAGGCAAACUAAAUCAAGCGCAGCUCCAGUAUCUGACCCAGGUCUGCUCCUAUGGGCUUUGUCUUCCAUGCAGGCGUGGGUCUGGGGGGUCACUCGGGCCUGAGGGACAUCACCACCUACCACACCCUGUUCCUGCUCUCCAUCCUGGGCUCGCUGGCCCUGCUGGUGCUCAUCCUGCUCUGUGUGCUGCUCUACUACUGCAGGUGUGGAGCACGUAGACACAGGUCUCACUUCUAAUGGGCUUCUACAUUAUGAACAUGCGUUAGGAACAAAUAACAAAAUAAUACAUUUUUUGGUUUGUUUUGUCUGGCGUUUCAAUGUUUUUCUCAAGUUUUUUGUUUCUUUUGUCUGGGGUUUUGUUUGUUUUUUCUGACUUUUUAGUUUUGUUCUUUUUCCAGACGGAAGUGUCUGAAACCACGGCGACAACAGGGUAAGCCACACACAGCUCUGAAUAGCUCCAAGCGCGACCAGGGCACGUCCACUUCCCGCCUCAACCUCAUCUGUGGCGGCCACGUUGAAUCCGGUCCAUCCAAUGACGCCAGCAAAUCUGACCCAUCCCCCUCACGAGACUACCAGAGCUCGCGGGAGGAGUUCGCCAAGCACGUCCCCGCCCACAAGCUGCGGCAUUCGAAGGGGAAAGGAGCCUCAGGACCCCAGAGGGGCGAGAGCUUCCCUAUGAAGGUGACCCGCGCCACAGACACCAACAAUCUCGACAACCCCCUGCUGCUGCAAGAAGACUACUCACGGAACUACAGCCCGAUCAUGGAGGACGACAAGGAUUCGGACUACCACAUACGCUGCCACAACGCCAACGACAAUCGCGGCUACACCUCAGACGGGGGCUCCCCACCUCGUUUCCUGUCGGACAAGUCGGACAAGCCUCCCGAGUACUCUGCGGCCGCUGCCGACCACCUGGCCCGCCCGACAUCGCUCAACACACAACCGGGCCAGAUCAUCUUCUGCCACUCCAUGGACCAGAUGAAGGAAAACAUGUACCGAAGCAUGGUGCCCACCUUGGUCAUACCGGCCCACUACAUGCGCAUGUCCUCAGACUUCUCCGGGAAGGAGCAGCAGCAGGAUAAGGACGCGGGGAUGCAGAUGGGUGCCGGUCAGUCACACCAUCCCCAGCAACAGAGCCAGCACCAGCAGCACCAGCAGCAGGGCGGCUCCCAAGGGGACGACUCGGAGGGUCAAAACUGGAACUCGGACCCAUCCCAGGGCCCUGUGCGGAUCCCUGUGCUCUUUAACGACUCCACCAUGGCACAGAUGAAUGGCGAGCUGCAGGGGCUGACUGAGAAGAAGCUCCUGGAGCUGGGCAUUAAGCAGCACCCACGUGCCUGGUUCAUCUCAAUGGACGGCCGCGCCAACCACGUGCGCCAUUCUUACAUCGACGUGAGCAACGACCUCAGCAGCGGCGGAAUUGGUGGGGGAGGCGGCGGCCCCAGCUGCAGCACAAUCCGAGAAGCCAACCUCGAAGGACCCAUGGACGGCACCCAAGAGCGCAAGGCCGCGGCAAUCCGUAAGGGUAAGGACGAACGGUGGGGAACUGGUGGACGGAAGGGUGGUGGCAGUAAGGGCAUGUCCAAGCUGGCAUACCAGGACCACAGCGAGCCCAGCAGCAGCGAGGGCCGCCCAGUGUCGCCCGAGGAGAACUCCCUUACCCCGCUGCUGGACGAGGGGCCCUCGUCGCGAGGCUCCACCAUCCCCCGGAGAGGCCGCAGCCGCAUGAACAGCGCGCGCAGCAGCAACAGUGAGAACCGUCGCGACUCCAUGACUAGCCCAGAGGAUGACCCGGACAGCAAGGAUGAGAACAAGAAGAGCCCGUGGCAGAAGAUCGAAGACCGGCCUCUCAUGGUGUUUCCCCCUAAAAAGUUGUAG